CCAGCGAAGGGCCCCAUGGACGGAACUUGUCCUCUGUGGAUCCGGUUAUAUCGGGUCGAAUCGAUCCGAAACCGACAUGGAAGCCCAACAUUUCCUCAGGCCCAGGCCCAAGAACAAGCCCACGGAAAUCCGAUCCAAGAACGAGUGGACCCCACAUUAUCCUCAUCAACCACCAUCACUGAUCCCGCCAUUGGCGCCUCUUCAGCUGAGGAGUUGGAAGCUCCAGCAAUGGCGGUUUCUUCUUCCCCUGCACAUCCUCCUCGAGUUCUUCCCUCUGUACCAACCCCACCCAGGUGCCGGCAUUUCUCGCCCGUUCUUCCUCCAGCUUCGAGAGUGUCCAGAGUCUUCGGACCCUGCAGACCUCUCCGGCAGGGAUACUUGGAACCAGUUAGAUGCUCUUCAUCCCCUAGACAGUCCGCGGAGGAGCUCGAGGUGGAGAGGCUGUUCUCUAAUGUUAAUCAAGCCACCCUGAAGAGAGAACCCGGGAGCCUGUCAAGUGCAAUUUUUCUCGUUGCCGGCACUACGGUCGGAGCAGGGAUUCUCGCUAUUCCUGCAGUGACACAAGAAUCUGGGUUUCUGGCCUCUGCAGUUACAUGUAUCAUCUGCUGGGUCUUUAUGGUAGCAACGGGCUUGUUGAUCGCAGAAGUAAACGUGAACACCAUGUGUGAACUGGGUUCGGGCGGUGUGUCACUGGUAUCAAUGGCCAGGAGAACAUUGGGGGAAGUCGGAGUGCAAAUUGCCUGUUGGUCGUAUAUUUUUAUUCAUUAUGCCCUCCUUGUCGCUUAUGUGGCUCGUUCUUCAGAUAUCUUGACGAAUGCUCUCGGCAUUCCACUAUGGGGGAGCGCAGCCCUGUUCUCGGUGGUAAUGGGAGGGAUCUGCUACUUUGGCAGCCAGCGGGUAAUUGGGGCUGUGAAUGGAGUUUUAGUGCUUGGCAUCAUCAUUUUUUUUGCGGCACUCGUGGCAGUUGCAAGCGGAGAUAUUCACUGGGAGUCUCUUCUGAAAGCCAACUUUGAAGCGGUUCCGAUGAGCAUACCCGUGAUUGCUCUUUCAUUUGUUUAUCAGAAUGUAGUACCUGUUCUUUGUACGAACCUGGAAGGAGACCUGUCAAAAGUAAGGACUUCGAUCAUUCUUGGAACGGCUAUACCUCUGGCAUUGUUCCUCAUAUGGAAUGGUGUAAUUUUAGGAACCAUAACAGAUUUCAACAUGGAUGCAGAUAAGACCAUCGACCCGUUACAGCAACUGAGAGCUAGCAAUGGAACUGUCGGGCCUAUUGUUGAGGCAUUUUCCCUCCUAGCAAUUGCAACAUCUUACAUUGGCUUCGUUCUCGGCCUCUCUGACUUCUUGGCCGACUUGCUGAAACUCCCAUCAGGGCAGGAUCAGAAUCGGCCUCUCCCAUACGUCUUAACUCUGGUUCCGCCUCUAAUUCUUGCAUUGCUCGACCCCGAAAUUUUUUUCAAAGCUUUGGAUUUUGCAGGAACAUAUGGAGUGCUAGUGCUGUUCGGGAUCCUCCCAGCUGCAAUGUCGUGGUCAGAUCAGUAUUCGAGUUCAUCUACUUCUUCAUCCUUUAGACUACCCAAGCUAGUUCCAGGCGGAAGGACGACCCUUGCAGUAUUGAUAGGAGGGUCAGGAUUCGUGAUUUUGUCAGAACUAUUGGAGAACUUCAGCCGCACGUAGACACUUGUGAUAGUGUGGAACCUGUUCUGUAACCAAAGUGGAGCACAUACCAAUGGUACGAAUUGAAUGAAAUCUCAACUCUGGGAUUUCGUAUAAUCCCUACCAAAAGAAGUGCCUAUACUGAAUCUUAUUUUUGGCCUAUGACGACCCAAAAUAGGCUUGCUCUAGGUACGCCUUGUGGCUAAAGUCUUUCAUCAAGAAGCGGACGUUGAUUUUCCAGAGACGUUGAGUUUGGUUGUCCAGCAGGGAAUGAUUCAUCUUGUUCUCACUGUUGCCACUGUUCCGUAGCUGGCCGAUUUGGCAGUUGGAUGUAAGCGUGUUCUUACAUGGUGAUCUCGCUCUCGCCGUUUAUAUGGAGCAGCCUCCCAAGACAUCUCCAUCCGAUCCUGGCCUCACCAUGAUUAUUUAUUUACUUAAGCGUGCGUUAUACGGACAUAGGCAAGCCCCUCGUGCUUGGUUUGACAAAUUUAGUGCCUUUCUUAUCAAUUAUGCAUGGCUUAAUUCACUUCGAGUGUCUCGGAUCUGUUCUUGUUAGUUAUCGUCAGGAUAAUCAUACCAUUCUAUUACUCCUGUACAUGGAUGAUAUCAUACUUAUGGGCACUCAAAUUCGGUCUUAAAGUGUCGCAUUGCUACUCGUAGUUGGGCGAUUCUAAUGAAGGAUCUUGGACCGCUCCA